CAAAUCGGAUCACAUAACCCUGGUUAUGGGGCUGGCACCCUUUUCAAAUUUAAAUUACGCGCUCUUUUCUUGAUUGGCGCAAUCUAUAGAUGUCGCUGGCGUAGCUUCGAAGAUGAAAAUUUUUACGAGUUUCUCUCCUAUACACGACGCUACUAUAGGUAUGGGUACAUCUACCGCUCAGAGUGAUCCUUACCUUCACAGAUUGUGGAGUAGCCAUUACAGUGCUGUUGGAAUAGUGUGCGUUGCGAACUAGCCUGUCAGUCGACCAAUCAAGAAUCGUUCGUGUGUCGGUGGACCCAAAGCCGAUGCACUCGAUGGUGAUUUUCUGAAGGUGAAAGAGAGAAAACAGGUCCCGAGAUAAGUAACGGAAAAGAAGCAUUUCUUCUUCGCUGCACGCGCGGGCUUUUUUCCGGGUACGGAUUAUACGUGUGUGAGUGCGCCAUAGUUACACGAGUUAUAUUCAAUGUAAGACGGAAAGAGAGAGGUAUAUAGAAAAGCAGGAACGAACGAGAGUGAUAGGGAUACUUGAGACGAAACGAGAAAGCUUCGAUAGUGAAACGAAGUGAGAACGAGAGCGUUAAAGCAGGGGUCGUGAGGAGAAGGAAGGGAUCUCCGUCAAAAUGUCGCUGAAAACACCAACGCGAAUACAGUGAUUGCUUUUCGUCGUUUAACAGGGGAUUUUGGUGGAGUUGAUCAGCUAAAAGUACCAAAAUUAUGGUGUCAACUCGUCAGUCAAGUAGUAUGGGUGGAAGUAAUGGAGGUGGGCCGGCUGCUGAAGUUACAGAUGUGAAUUCAUCCAGAAGACAACAAUCUGUAGCAAUGACUAGCUCAUAUACCGGACCAUCUGUUUCGGAGCCACCUCCUUAUAGUAAUUUAAACCUCCUUGAUUUACCAGUUGAAAUCCUUGACAAGAUUUUUAGUUAUUUGGACUAUAAUACAGUGGCUCAUUUACGUCCUGUUUGUCAUCAGAUGGAUCGUGUUUGUGGAUCGAUAUUGAAUUCUACUUUUCAAAAGCUUCAGGCACAAAUGUUGAAUCGUUUUCAGGCAAUUAAAGCACAGAUGCCAAGGCGUGAAUCUGCACGCCGUAAUCACCCAUUAGCUUGUGAAUCAGAUAUUAUUGAAACCCUUCAUAUGCGUCUUACCUUGCUCCAAAUGAGUUUUGGAAAGCACAUUGAACGUAAACAUUGUUGUUUUUUUCCUGGAGAGAUUUUAGAUGAAGUUAAUCGUAUUUUACAUUAUAUAAGAGUUACUCCAAAAUUAGCCAGACCAUACAAAGUUACAGAUGAGUUGUUUGAUUUAAGUACUAUGGCUAUGGAGUACUUUAAAGAACGUAUUGAACCAACAUUACCAGAAAUUCCCUACUUUGGAGCAGAUUUCUUAGAUCUUGCUGGGACAUUCUCCUCUUCUAGUAAUGUGAACAAGCCAUUCAUGUGCCUAGACUCUGCACCUUUAGCUGUUGGAACUGGUAAAUCAGGAAGCAAUAGUGGAGAAGGUUCCCCCCCACACUCUUCAGAUGAGCCCGGUCUCUUAGAGUCUAAUGUGUCACCUCCACAGUCGAAUAUGGUGUUACGAAAACGGAUUCGUAAAAUUAAACAAGGCAUGAAGCGAUAUAAUAGUCAACUAACAUUAAUGCGUAGAGAUUUGAGGAAUUGCAAAGCAAAGAUAGCAGAACAACAGAAACAGAUUGUUGAAUAUGCUACACGUCUUGAUGAAAACGACAAGAAGAACGAGGAAACCUCCCGUAAAUUUAGCACACUCCUACAGGUAUUUACUAAGGAAUUGAACAAGUGUAAAACAGAGCUUCAGUAUUGGCGAUCUAAGUCUCCGGCGAUACCUGUAUGUGUAGUCUGUGGGCAAUCUGUGUUAGUCCCAACGGAGGAUUUACAAGCUUUAACAAAUCAAGGUGUAUUACCAGAAACGCUUGAUGAAGGAUUAGACUUCAUUCCCAUAGCGGAUGCACAGAGCCUUACAGAAGUGGCACCACAACCACCAGUUACACAACAACCAUCGUCACCACCACCACCAGCGCCGCCACAACCAACCGUGGAAAUGGCACCACCAAAGGCUCCUGUGCCUUCACUACUUUCAAAACGGAAAUCCACCACAGAGGAAGCACCGAGUGACGCUGGAAAGAAACCUCGUCGUACUGCCAAGUCACGCCAGGUUAAACGCUCGAAGAUAUAAAUCGAUACUGAUCAUGGUACAAAAAUAUCUGUGUAAACAUCUUUACUGGGUUCUUGAAAAAGGUCUUUCUAUUUGGAGUAACAUGUUCCUUUACGCUAGCGAGCGAAUGAUCUUACAAAGAGAGAUACUGGGGCGCGAUGCUAAUUUUUCUAUAAGCUUUUUCGUAAUGAUGGAUUUUAAAAUAUUGAAAUAUAGUACUCGAUUUUGCGGACAAAUGAUUAAUAUUUCCAGUUCUUUCAUUACACAAAAGCUGAUCGAAAAAUCAGUGUUAUACCUCGUGCCUCUCCUUGUUAGAAAAGUACAAAAUUCUUUCCUGAACGUCCUGCAUUUCGCGCAACGAGCCUCGUUUUGACAAAUUCUAGCCAUGUUGGUUACCGCGCGAAGGGAAUUGACGCGAUUAAUUUUCCUAUUUUAUUACGGACGGAUUUGUCACACACCGUGGCGUCUACAAAUAUUCUAAAUGAUAGCUGAUCAUUCGUGUCGUUCGUAAAGCAACAAGAGCGCUACUUUUUUCGAACCCGUUUAAUUAUUAUUAUUAUCGUGACGGUAUAUACAAGGAGAACGGAAGGGUUGAAUUUUGCAUAAAAUGUUUAUUUUACAAUAAUAUCACGCUAAUAGAGCAGAUUAAAUGUCAUACGGCGACAAGCAAGAAUUCACCUUCUGUAUUCCUUGAUUACAAAUCAUGCACUGAUUUAUUAUUUACUUUCUAAACGUUUCUAACAUAAUUUUAUUGUCGUAAUAUUUUGUCCUUAACAACUUAAUUUAAUACCUACUAGACAAUACACAAGAACAAAUACAGAAAUGGAAAAUUUGAUAAUCGAACAAAGGAAAAAAUAUAUUCUUUCUAUUCAAGUCGCGAAAAUUCAUCUUUCUGUGUACUUUACUAUUUGUUACAAUUCUGAAUUGAACAAAAAUUAUCAAAUUUGAUGAAUUUUGUUUCAGGUAGGCAAGAGGAUAUUCUUGUCUUUGUAGAAAUUUUUGUAUAAAAUUUCGAGUGGACAUUAGACAUGAUUCUAGCAAAUUUUGUUUCGCAGUAUCAAUGAAUAAGUACCUGAGAGGACUGAAUGAGACUAGUUCGCGCAGGUACUCCAAGUUCAUCAAUAUUCAUAUCAAUUUCUGUCUAAUUUAUCUAAGUCUGCUCAAUUAAACAACAAAAAAAGGAAAAGAAAAGAAAAAUAAUUUUUCUAUGAAAAUGGUUUGCGCACCAUGUUGUGUUAUCAAUUCAAGCCUCAAAAUGAAUAGAAAAGUCAAAGGUUUUGAAAGCUGAAUUGCUUUUGCAUAAUGACAUGUGAUAUAUCAAUUUAUGUUCUUUCUUGGCUGUUAAAGCACGUACGUGUAAUUAAAAAGAUUAAUUUAAUAGAGCAGCUCACCCUAGACGAAAUCAAAACAUUUGUAAUAAUAUGAAGUUUUGUGAGCCUUAAAAAAAUACGAGGUUAGGGAGAAGGUGGAAAUAUGUUGAAAUAUCAUAAUGGAUGUUAUUUUGUUUUCAACUCGCCAUCGUUCAAAUAUGUGAGUUUCUUCACAAGAUGGUGUAUAUUGCAAUAUUAAUAGCGCUAGGAAAUAAUUUAUAGGAACAAUUAUUUAUAGGAAAAUUAUUAUCAGAUUAUUUUUAAAAACAUUUUCCAAACAUCAGUUUCUUAAUUUAUCAGUCAUAUCGACUAAAAGAGUAAUUACAAAUUUCAUCCCACGUUCUUACAAAAAAGUGAAAAAAUACAAUGCCAGAGAAAGGAGUGAAUGAUUAUUGAGAUCAAUAGUUAUUAAAUCAGAUCAAUAAAAAAAGUUCGUGAUUAUGCAAUUUCUUUUAAAGUCGGACGGACUACCGUGCGCGAUGCUCGAUGAUCGGACUGCGUAGAUUCAAUUGAUUAAUAUUAUUUGCACCAAUCCUAAUUAAUCUUAAAGAAUUGUAGUUUGAAAUAUUGUGAGACAUGUAGAGUCAUGAAUCAUCAAUUCAUGAUUCUAGUAAUAAAUAUAAAGGAUACUGAUAAUAAGUAAAAAUGAUACUUUAUUAUAAAUAUAUAAAUAUAUAUAUAUGAGUGCGGUACUUGCCAGGAUAUGCAUACCACACAGAACAGUUUAGUUUAAACUUUAAUGGAACAAUAAGAUAUAAUAAUUAAUUAAUGAUGAAAUAAUUAUCGAAAUAUAUAUAAUUUUUUAUCGAUGUCGAAAAUUAAUUAGGAGAAAAAAAAGGUGGGAAAAAAUGAACUUAGCGAACGGACGGGAUGAGUACGUCACGAACAUGCAUGUAUGUGAGAAAUUGUGCGAGAGAAAUGUAAGCGCGCGUGAUAUAUAUAUAUAUAUUAAAAAUACUAAAUUCAAACUUAAUGAGAAUUUACGAUGUGAUGCUUUAUCGAUUUAACUGCGGGAAAGUGACCUUUAUUCAAAUAAAAUACAUGUAGGGCGUUUCUGGCUACGAAAGAAAUGAUUGAAAAAGAAAACUCAAGAAAUGAAAUAAAAAUGAAAAAAUGUGUGAAUUUUACUUAAUGUUAUGUUGAAUAGGAUUGCGGGGGCGGGCGUAAUUAAGUCACUGUGUCGGAAAUUUCGAAAUGCUUGCAUUGUAUGCUUAUUAUCGCGAAUAGUAAUACGUUUUGACGGAUUAAAUAGUAAGAGGAACGAAAAACGAUAAAAAAGAAAAAAAAGAAGAGAAACACGAACGAAUGAAAA